CCUAUGCAAAGAUGACUCGAUUGAUAAAUGUAGUAAUAGUGGACGGUUGGUCUCGGUAGUGUGAGUCUGACCGGAAUCUUAUCUUUUUUUUCCAUUGGGCGGCAGUACGUCUAUCUUUAAACUUGAGAACUGCAUUGCCUACCCGUCCACAUAGUGACUGCGAUCUAGCGAGGGCGGGGGAAUUAAUCUGGUUUCUGGAAACCACUAAAUGCAAAUUAACUGCAAGGAAAAUACAAUUCAGACCUGUAUUUCUCGUUUCAUAUUUGGACUGUAUGCGCAUCUGUUUUCUCCAUCCACGGAAUUUUUCCACCAGUGCGUCUGUUGGUGCACGAGGACUGCGCGGGCUCUUGGAUUUGGAGGACGGAUCCAUCAAACUCGGAUUGUGAGUGUUCGCAUAGCGGUACACUGAAGGAAAACCUAAUCCGAUGUGGUAUUACAGAAUACUUGUGAAAUAUAGCCUACAUUAUAGAUAGCUCUCUGCCGCGCUGCAGCCUGUGAGGACCGCACGAGUUUUUUGGGUGGAGAAAUUGUGUUUCGCAGCGGAGAGGUUUGGGUGACUAUUUAUAACCAAGGAUCGGCAGUCUGGAAUGUUUGAUUUUCUCCUUCAUUAUAUGUCAACCUUUUUCUCCUAUCAUAGUAGAUUUUCCCACCGCCGCCGGUCUCAAUAUUAUUUUCAAGUGAUCAUCUGCACCUUUUUUAUUCGGCACUGAAAAAAACAGAUGAUAUGCAUAUGUUCUUUGGAUUAGACCUCCCUGUGGACAACUUGGCUUUUGCGUGAAUGGGAUAGCUGUGUAUUAGGCAUAUUGUUCAACGACCGUUGUAUAAGGAGACGAGGCGUGUUAUUAGCAUUAGCCUACACCGGCAUAGUGAUGGUGAGCUUUUAUGAUCUGAACUGACAGUGGAAUAGGAUCAUUUUGGAAACUGCUUGUGGGACACUUGGCCAGGUGAAAAAUGAAAGCUCCCAUCACACUCCAGAUUCUUCUCUAUGCUGCUGUGGUCCGAGGUUUCAAAACAGUGUCCAAGAGAGGCUCAGUGGACGACUGCACGGAUUGGUCAGUGGACUACUUGAAAUACAAAGUGCUUUUGGGGGAACCGGUGCGGAUUAAAUGUGCUUUAUUCUAUGGAUACAUCAGAGCAAACUACACCCACUCCCAGAGUGUGGGACUAAGCCUUAUGUGGUAUAAAAGUACAGGACACGGAGACUUUGAGGAGCCUAUCUCUUUCGACGGCAUCAGAAUGAACAAGGAGGAGGACGCUAUCUGGUUUAGACCCACCGAGCUCCAAGACAUUGGACACUAUUCCUGUGUAUUGAGGAAUUCCACAUAUUGUAUGAAAGUGUCCAUGUCACUGACAGUGGCGGAGAACGACACAGACCUCUGCUACAACUCCAAAAUGAGGUACUUCGAGAAGGCAGAGUUAAGCAAAAGUAAAGAUAUCACCUGUCCGGACAUUGAGGAUUAUGUCCAGCCGGGGAAGGAGCCAGAGAUAGUAUGGUACAAGGAAUGCAAGCCAAAGCAGUGGAGACAAAGCAUUGUAAGGAGAAGAGAUACUCUCUCUAUCCGGGAGGUGCGUGAAGAUGACAUUGGAAAUUACACGUGUGAAUUACAGUUUGGCAGCUUCGUGGUGAGAAGAACUACAGAACUAUCUGUUACAGCCCCUCUGACAGACAAGCCUCCAAAGAUCCUGUUCCCCUCAGAAAGCAAACUCAGCAUCCUGGAGCUGCAGUUAGGAAGUCAAGUCAACCUGACGUGCCGAGCGUUCUUCGGCUUCGCCGGGGAGGUCAGUCCGCUCAUCUACUGGAUGAAGGGAGAGAAGUUCAUUGAAGACCUGGAUGUGGAGAGGUUCAGAGAGAGUGACAUCAAGCUGAUCCGGGAGCACCUGGGAGAGCAGGAGGUGUCUAUCACCCUGACCAUUGACUCGGUGGAGGAGGCUGAUCUGGGGAACUACUCCUGCUUCGUGGAGAAUGGCAACGGCAGACGGCAGGCCAACAUCCAGAUAACAAAGAGAGAGCUUAUGUACACAGUGGAGCUGGCGGGAGGCUUGGGGGCCAUCUUGUUGUUGUUGAUCUGCCUCGUGACCCUCUACAAGUGCUACAAGAUGGAGCUCAUGCUCUUCUACAGGAACCAUUUUGGCAGCGAGGAUAUCGACGGAGAUAAUAAGGACUAUGAUGCCUAUCUGUCAUACACCAAAGUGGACCCGGACCAGUGGAGUCAGGAGACGCGUGAGGAGGAACGCUUCGCCCUGGAGAUCCUACCCGACGUCCUGGAGAGGCAUUAUGGGUAUAAACUGUUCAUUCCAGACAGGGACUUGAUCCCAACCGGAAGUUUCACCAAUGAUCAUUUCCAGGACGAUUCAAGACUCCUUAGAGCCUAUAUAGAGGACGUGGCGCGCUGUGUGGACCAAUCCAAGCGCCUCAUCAUCGUCAUGACACCCAAUUAUGUGGUGCGGCGGGGUUGGAGCAUCUUCGAGCUGGAGACCCGCCUCCGGAACAUGCUGGUCACCGGGGAGAUCAAGGUGAUUCUGAUUGAGUGUGCCGAGCUGCAUGGCAUCAUGAACUACCAGGAAGUGGAAGCGCUCAAACACACCAUCAAGAUGCUGACCGUCAUCAAGUGGCGUGGCCCCAAGAGCAACAAGCUCAGCUCCAACUUCUGGAAACACUUGCAGUACGAGAUGCCCUUCAAGCACAUGGAGCCCAUCAUCAGCAACGAGCAGGUGCUGGACGUCAGCGAGCAGGGCCCUUUCGGCGAGCUCCAGACCGUCUCCGCCAUCUCCAUGGCAGCCGCCACCUCGACCGCCAUGGCCACGGCGCACCCGGACUUGCGGAGCACCUUCCACAACUCCACUGUCAACUACCACACCCAGAUGAGGCAGCAGAAACAUUACUACCGCAGCUACGAGUACGACAUGGCCCCCGGCGGCAGCCUGCCUCCCCUCUCCACCCUGGGUAACCAGCACACCUACUGCAACAUCCCUAUGACUCUGAUCAAUGGACAGAGGCCCCACGGCCAGGCCAGGACACCCAGAGAACAGAGCAUCGAGGAGGCACACGCCAAUAACGCCAUGCUACCGCUGCUGCCACGCGAGACCAGUAUAUCCAGUGUCAUCUGGUGACAGCACCAGGCUGGCAUAGGGACAGAUGGGAUAUAUUUUAUGUAGAGGGAGAACUAGCUGGCAAAGUGUGUGGUGUUGGUGGUGGAGGGGGUGUUGCUACGGAGACCAUUAGUGGACUAGAGACUGCUGCUGUGGAAUUUGCACCAGGAUUCACAGGGGUAAAUCACCAACACAGGACAAGUCAUUCUGUCAGACUAAGACGACAUUUGUUUGACAAGGACUAAGGAGGAUUUGGCGUGAAAAGGAGAACCCGUUGGGUUUGAAAUGCCUGUACACACAGACACCAACGCCGAUGUUCAUUUACCCAGAAACUCAAGGAAUACAGGGUCUUGUACAUAUAUUUUAUAUUUCUUUAUAGCGUCAGUAUUUUUCUGUUGUUUUUCUUUGACCUUUCAUUCACCAGUUUUUAUCAUCAAAUUUCUACGUCUGUUUUGAUUUAAGGUUUUAAUUUUUUUGUAUUUGGGUAUGAAAGUGAAACGAUGGUCUUUGAGGUCUAUUGGCUGAUCUGUUGUAAUUUUGAUCUUGACUUGUAGUGGAACUGGUGUAGUUUGAACGCUCUUUGUUUUUUAACAGUUAUGGCAUUGUAGCGGGAAAGUUUUGAUGUUUCAUUCGAAAGAAAAUGUCCUUUUUUUGUUGUCCUGGUUACAUAGAUGGAAUCUUCUUUAUUUGGGACUCUUAUUAAACACAACUAGAUUAUGCAACAGA